AUGAGGGAAAGCUACUCUUCAUUUGGCUUUCUAACAGGGAAAGCUCUCAUUCCUCAUCUUUCCAAACAUAUAUCUACUUCCAAGAGGCCAACACAUGCAAGAUGCAACCCCAUGCAUUGGGCCAACAUGGAUUUUCAGGCCCAUGGCAUGUUUGGCAGGCCCAAAUCCAAUUACUCAUAUUUUCAUGAGAAAGAUUUUGGGUGUUCUUUCAAGAGAUGUUCUUGUUUUGUUCUUCUCUUCCUUUCUCUAAGUGUAACAUUGUUAGGUGUCAUCGCUCUCGUCAUCGUCUUCGCACUCCGGCCCAGAAAGCCCAUUUUCGCUCUGCAGGCAGUACGGGUCGAAUCGUUCAAAAUCAACGGUUCAGAUGGUCCGGACGCCUAUGUGUCGUCCAAAAUUUUGCUUUUGUUCAAUACCCAAAACCCCAAUAAGGUUGGAUUAAGGUAUAGCCCAUCGCAGCUCUUCGUGCUCGAUAAGGGGGUCCCAGUAGGCGUAGCCAACGUCCCAGAUUUUUACCAGCCUGCUCAUAGCAAGAAUGUGAGUGUGCAGGGGCGGGUUAUGUUCGAGCACGUUAGUCUCAGUCAAAUUGCUGGUGGGAACCUCUUGAAGGGAACCAACGGUGGAGAUCAUGCAGUGGUUCGUAUAGUCGGUGAUAUCACGGCACGUGUGCAUGCCAUGCAUGUCACCCUGCCAAAGAUCAAGGUUGCACUUGAUUGCGAGAUAAGCAUGGAUUAUAGAGGGAUUAUACUGAGCAGAGGAACUAAUCUCAUGAAAAAACACAAGGCUCAUUUCUCAAACCAUCCAUCGUUCUCGAAGAAGUGCUCUCUAGCCGUUUAUUUAUAGUUACAAACUAGAUUGUACCACUAAACAAAUUUCCGAGUGGCCGAUGGGCUGCCUUGCAUAUGGCGGGCCUGAUCGCACCGUUGUGGGGACAACCUAAU